GAGCUGAAGUGAUGUCACAGGCGGCUAAAUGUAUCCAGGAACUGGAAAUCUCCUUUUAUGGUGUGUUGGCGUUUCUAUCAACUUCCGGUAGCUUUAGCUUCGACGCUCAGAUCAUAAACUGAAAAGAAAUCGACUUUUUCUGACGUACAAGAUACAGAGAGAAUGUCCAAGUCUCUGAAGAAGAUCGUGGAGGAGAGUCGGGAGAAGAAUCUCCCCGAGGUGGAGAUGUGUGACAGGGGCAUUUCGAACAUGCUCGACAUCCCUGGCUUGUUCAGUCUGUCCCACAUCACUCAGUUGGUCCUGAGUCACAACAAGCUGACAGCUGUGCCCGCGAACAUCUCUGAUUUGAAGAACCUGGAAGUUCUAAAUUUGUUCAACAAUCAGAUCGACGAGCUGCCCAUGCAGAUCAGCAGUCUUCAGAAACUCAAGCACCUCAACCUCGGGAUGAACCGUCUGAGUGGCCUGCCAAGAGGAUUCGGUUCUUUACCUGCACUGGAGGUUCUGGACCUGACCUACAACAACCUGAACCACACCUCCCUGCCCGGAAACUUCUUCUAUCUGACCACCCUUCGAGCUCUGUAUCUGAGCGACAACGACUUCGAGAACCUGCCGGCCGACAUCGGGAAGUUGACCAAACUGCAGAUACUGAGUCUGAGGGAUAAUGAUCUGAUCUCGCUGCCUAAAGAGAUCGGGGACUUGGCUCAACUCAAAGAGCUCCACAUCCAGGGCAACAGAUUGAGAGUCCUGCCUCCAGAACUCGGUAAUCUGGAUCUCAUUGGGCCAAAGCAGGUGUUCAAAGCAGAGAACAACCCAUGGGUUACUCCAAUCGCCGACCAGUUCCAGCUGGGAGUCUCCCAUGUUUUCGAAUAUGUUCGCUCCGAGACUUACAAGUAUCUCCAUGGCAGACACAUGCAGUCCAACCCAGAGCCUCCACCCAAGAACAACGACAAGAGUAAGAAGAUCAGCCGUAAACCCCUGGCUGCCAAGAACAAAUGAGGCGCCUGAAAAUGCUCGCGUCACUGUAUGUGCCUUUUUAAUAUUUAAAAACCAUUUUAUUACAUGGAGAGUGUUAACUAUAUUAAGCCAGUUCAACCUUAAUUUUAAUCUUUAAACCGAGAAGAACACAGAGGCUUCUUCACUAUAAUGGACCUGGUCAGUGUCAACAGAUCAAGAAGUGCCGUCAUGAAGACUGUCUUGACUAUUCCUUGUUUUGUGUUGAAACCACAGUCGACCUUCCUUCAUAGAGCAAGCAUUAAGUUAACUGAGUCCAAACAUUUCACCUUUGUCUCCUGCAACAGUCUGCCAUUGUUCUUUUCUGUGUCAGACUCUCCUACGAGUUCAUUCAUUUAGCAGCGACGACAGCCAGUCUGGAAAUGCAAAACAGUGUCAUCAGUGCACUCAUUUUGUUUUGUUUUUUAAAUCAAGUUAGCAUCGCAGUUACAGAGGACCAGUGUGCAGGAGGACGUGGUACGUACAGUAGUUCCGUACUUUAAUAGAGGCGUUUUGAUUUGGAGCUGGAACUCAAUCCCCUUGUGUUGUACUGCAAGUAUAUUUGGUUACAUCGUCUUUCCUGCUUCUACGCUCUCUGGUUUCCUUAUGUUGUGGUGUAUUUAUUUCGGAGCUGUCAUGUCUCACACAGUGGUCCUGCUGUUUUUUUUUUUGUUUUUUUUGUUUUUUUUUCACAGUCCGACACAUUUCAGCUUGCCAGUGUUACGAUCACUGAAUGUUUAUUACAAACUGCCUUGUAAUCAUGUACACAUUUAUAAUUUUAAAUAAACAAUCACUCUG